GCCUCUUGUAGUGUGUGGGUUAGAACCAGCCGCCCGGUUAGCUCAUUUGGUAAGAGCGCCGUGCUAGUGUUCCGGCGGUCGUGGGUUCGAGCCCCACAUCGGGCACACUUUUCCUCCUAGGUUUACUUUACUGGUGGCAGUGGUAAACGGCAGGAGUGCCUCCGUUGGCCUAAAAGGUUAACCGGGGAGGAGUGUAGUGUGUGGGUUAGAACCAGCCGCCCAGUUAGCUCAAUUGGUAAGAGCGCCGUGCUAGUGUUCCGGCGGUCGUGGGUUCGAGCCCCACAUCGGGCACACUUUUCCUCCUAGGUUUACUUUACUGGUGGCAGUGGUAAACGGCAGGAGUACCUCCGUUGGCCUAAAAGGUUAACCGGGGAGGAGUGUAGUGUGUGUGGGUUAGAACCAGCCGCCCGGUUAGCUCAGUUGGUAAGAGCGCCAUGCUAGUGUUCCGGCGGUCGUGGGUUCGAGCCCCACACCAGGCACACUUUUCCUCCUAGGUUUACUUUACUUUUCGUCCAAAAAUCAUCAGGACUUCAAGCGUUUUAGCACCCCAAAUGCGUCCUUGGUAUUUAAACUAAAAAUUAAUAAACAUCUCAAACACAGAUUGUUAAUCUUCAGUAAAUUAUUAAGUGUCAUAUGACUGCUAGACAUGCCGGCUUACAUGCUGCUUUCGACAAGCAAUUGACUUGAAUCUUUAUGAUUUGCCCCAGAGCGACUGGCAAAGGUUACAAAUCUGAACAUAUUGGUCAAUUUUUACAAUAAUCUUGGAGAUUUUUAGUUGUAGCUGGAUAAAUUUUCAUGUAAAACAUCUUAGGUUCAUGUGUCAACAUCUUUUAAAGUAGAGGUUAACAAUCUUAUUGGUUGUCCAUGAGAAGCAAUUUUGACGGAAAGCAGUUUCCAACAAAUUGCCUUUUCACAUAAUUUCUUUAGAGCUUGAUGAGGAAGGUACUGCAAUUCAAUUAUAUGGUAAAAAGGCAAUCAAAAUCUGAAGUUCAUAAUGAGACACGCAAGUAACUAUUAUUUUCAUUUUAUGUUUAUUUUUCAUUUUGUACGCAAACUCAUCCAUGAGGUGUCGUCACACGCAGGAAAAUGUGCGUGCAUGUGGACCUGAUUUGCAUAAAUAAUAAUAGCUUAACUAGGUUUUCCUCAAAUACAGCUAUGAUCAGUGUGUACAUAUUUGUGUGCAGUAUUGUCAUGCUAGUUUCACAGCUGAUGUAUAAAUUCUUUGACUUUGAAAAAAAUAAUUUUAGGGUUUAAAUUUUGGUAAAUGCUUAAAACUAAAUUAAAUUUAUUAUUAUACCCUAAUAUUUAAUAAAUUUAAGAAACACAGAUAAAAAACAUGAUUAGCACCUUUAAGCCGCUGCAAAACCAAUUUGUUGGAAACUGCUUCUCAUGACCUUCAAUUCAGAACGGUGUAAGUACCCUCGAUGCGCCUUUAUAAGAUACACUAUGUGACAUCACACAUGUGGAAAUAUAUCAACAAUAGCAGCUUAUGUAUUGAAAAUAGCAGCAUAUUAUCGAUGCUGUAAACAGAUGUGUGUUUUAACACAUUUUUAGGAUUUUGAACCUUUGCAAACUAUAAUGCUUUGGAUUAACUAAAACAUCCUUCUUCUGAUGGCAUGUGUUUCAGAUAGUAGCCAAUAAGAAACUUUUACUUCCUUCUAUGGUACUUUAUCCUAUAAAAAUAUCAAGGGGAGAUUUAGAAAUGAACCUAAAAAUACUUCUUUUCAUUGGAUACUUCUAAUUGAAAUGUUUUAAGUGGUUAACAUUUGCAUUUGAAUGAGAACUCUAAAAAAAAAAUAAGAGUGCGUAACAUGAAAUUUUUAAAAAACAACAACAAUAUCUGGGGGGUAAAAUGCCUUUUCACCAAAAACCUUAUCUGAAGCUCUGUUGCCCGAAUAAAAUGAAGCAAUAAAGAUGUUCUUAAUUCAUUUAUUUGUUGAUAUCCUCUUUGCCAGCUUUGACCUUUUACAUCUAGCAAGUUUGACCAUAACUAUAUAGAAUUAUCAUUAUGCAAUCUUAACGUUUUCAAAGUAUAGGUCAAUGUUAUAUAUAAAAUAGAAACCAAUUGCCUGGUAAUACAUUGUACUAACAGGAACCAAAGGUGGUGGCUAAGUUGACAUGUUUCCCCUCCCUCCACACGUAUUACCACCAGGCCCCUUGCCAACCCCAUUUUUUGUUUCAAUUGGCAAAAAUCAGUAACUGAUAGCAAUAUGUGCACAAAUCCUAGAAAUCUCACUAUCGACAAUGAAAUAUUUCGCAAUAUGUUAUUAUUACAAGUAGAGUAUUAGUAGAAGUAUUACUCCCCUCAUCCAUUUGUUUGUUUUUUCCAAAAAAAUAUAUUAUAAAUAUUAAUUAUUAGUUUACUAGUGUAUGCCAUCUGAAUUAUAUAUGUGUAUGCAGUAAUAGAGACAUAAUUCAUAGACAGACAGACUUAAAAAUUUGUAUCCUAAAAAAUGAUACACUUCCAUAGACAUUAAGUCAUAGUUCUUUAUUACAAUUACGAACAAGAAUAGUAUUCUCUCUCUUUUUUUGUUUUUUUGUUUUCUAGGUCAAUGAAGUGCCCUGAAAAUGGUGGUCUAUAAAGCAUUAGAGGAGCUCUUUUCCUCUACAUUACACAGCAUCAAUGAGUUACGGAAAGAUUUAUCUUUUUGUGAUGUCCUGCUGCAGGUUGGGUCGACAGCUAUGCGGGCACACAAAUGUGUUCUUGCUGCCGGAAGUCCUUACUUCAGGUCCUUGUUUCUCGGCCAGUUCACAGAAGCUUCAAAAAGUGAGAUCAAUCUAUCCCAGGUGACAACGGACAGCGAUGCUAUGGAGAUGAUCCUCAACUUCAUCUACUCGGGAGAAAUCGACAUUGACUCAGAAAAUCUUGGAAUAAUCAUCAAACUCUCCUCUUUCUUUCUUUUGGAGGCACUCAGAGGAUUUUGCGCAGAUUUUAUGAGUGAAACGCUUUGUCUGAAAACUUGUCUGACCUAUUAUCUGUACUCUGUGGACCAUGGUUUCAACGACAAUGAAGCGAAUGCUGGCUUGAUGAUUCGGUCAAGGUUUCAUGACGUUCUGAUCUUUGAGGAAGACACUUUGAAUCUCACAAGUGAGGAGCUCAUAUUCCUCGAUGAUAAAGGUAUUCCAAAGCAUUGCUCCACAUCGAGUAUGCUCCAGUUUCUCAUAAAAUGGCUUGAAAGGGGAAAAUCCGAGUGUCAUAUAGCAGUUUGUCUUGAGAUGUUGGAUAGUAUAGAAAAACGAGAAAAAGAGAGGGAAUCUAAUGAACUAUGCUCUGGGUUGACAGAAAUAAGCCUAGAGUCACUGUUUUCAAGAUUAAAAAUGGCGUUGGAAGGGAAGGAAUUUGAAAAUAUGGAAAAGCUGCUGGUAAGAUUAGACUCAACAUUGCAACAUUUAUUUAGUAGAGGAAGAAAGGCUCAUAAUGAACUGAGAUGUACAGAUGUGGAUGAAUCUGGUCCGAGCAAUGGAUCCCCUGAAAAAGACCCUUGCAAGUUUGCAAAAUCAGACACAGAGCUUGCUGUGGUGACCAUAACUCCCAAACAGUGUGUGAUAGAAGACUACAGAAAACAAAGAGAGGAUAUUCAGUUUCAUCUAGAAGUUGAGCCAUUCCGCCAGCCAGUGUUUGAUGUUUGUGCAUAUGUUCCAAGAACCAGGACUUGGUACUACUUAAGCGAGUUAAACGAACAUGAUACCCCAGAGUAUUUAGUGGAUGGAGCUGGGUAUGAAAGCAGGUUCCUAGUAAUGGGCGACCAUUUAACUUUCAUAGACAAUAGGGGAGAUAAUAUUGAUAUGUUUAAUCUCCAAACCAAGCAGUGGCAUUCCCCUAAUGUGCAGUACUAUGAUCUCAACUUUGACCAUGACUUUGAUGCAAAUUUUCAGGCUAAUGAUGUGUGCUAUGUUGUUGGAAAAGAUGAUGCUAAGUACAUGGUUGUAAGAAUGCGUCUCUUUACAGAUCAAUCACUUGAUCAAGCGACAGAGAUGUACUUCAGAGGUUAUAUUCUAAGAGAUGACGGGGAGUCUUGGGACUGUAUAUUUGUGACUCCACAUAGAAUAAGGACAAAUCUCUCUGACAAUGGUGGUGCACCGGAAAUGAAUGCACGUAUCAGCAAAACCAGCAACGAGAUGAUCGUGACUCACAGUUCCUUGGAUGGUGGCUGGAAUAUAGUGUUUAUUGCCAACUUGAAUGACCCCUUUCCAGUCCCUGUAAACUUGAAGUCAGAGUUCAUUGAAAACCAGGAUGAAUUCAGAGGCAUUGCAAUCCUCGAGGAUAGUGAACAAUUUCUCAUAGUUGCCAAUGGUACAAAGAGUUUUCAUAACCAGAUUAAAGUUUUGUAUGAGUACAAGUUCAAUUCCAAAGUUUUGACCAACUUGACUGAAAACUCACCAAAGCUUGAGGUCUCGACCAGGAUUGGUCCAUAUUAUGAGGAUGAUGAAGAAAUCGAGUAUCCCUGUCUCUGUGAAGCAAGUGCUACAGACGGGACGUCAAUUUGGUUCAUGGAAGGGAAUAUGGAGACUGUUAGUUUGUUUUCUCAGGUGCGUCUAGAUAACUCCCAGCAACCAUACAUAACGGAGCAUCCACCCCCACCAUUUGCCUGCUUUACACGUGCAUUUGCAGGGCCCAUCAGCAAAAAACUUUUGACCAAUGCAAAACAGAUCACACGUUUUCUGCUUAAGGAAAAACCUAGAUCUGUUUAUUCAGGAGCUGACAAAUCAAUGUUGAACACCAGCAUCAGUCGAUACUCGCAUUUUGCUUUUUAGAAAUUUUUUAUCAUGUACAAAGUUUUGUGUAUACUUUGUAAGAACCAUUCAAAACAUUCAAUGGUAUGUUAUUGAAUGGGAUUCUGUAGAUCUUUAUUUAGUUUUAGUGGUCAGCAUUAUAUUUUGUCAAAUGCGAAGGCAGUAUUUCUCAAGUUUUCUAAUACAUAUAUUUCAGCCAUUAUUAAUAUCAAUAAGGGGAAAAAAUAUAUUUAUAAGGGCAAGAAUGACUAACUGACUGUUUGCAUUCUCAGGAACUAUUAUACAUAUAUAUAUAUAUUAUGAAAUACUUAGUCAUUCACACUCUAACUCAACUCAUUUUUCCACAUAACAAAAUGGCAUUAUUCAAAAUUAAUUAUGUUUAACUCUUAUAAUAAGUGCAUUCUCUUACGUAUUGAGUAACUCCAUUGCUCAUUAUUCUGAAGGAAAUUAUUUCUAAAACACCAAAUGCACUUGAGAAAUAACUCCAAAUGAAAAAUAAGAAUUUUGAAUGAUUUUAUAGUAAUAUAUUGUACCAAAUGUUUUUAUCAUAAUCUACAUGUAUCAGAAUGUUAUGUUAUUUUUAAACAUAGUAUGCAGGUAUGUGGUAAAAUGAGUUCAGAUUAAGAUUGAGGAUUGACUUCUGUAUUUUAUAUGAUGUUUGGGCCUUGUCUACUUUAACAUGGAAGCCAUUGUUAACAAUGCUUUAAGCCUAAUUGCUGGCAACUUUUAAAGAAUCACAUGUUUUGAAAUUACACUAAAAAAAUGGAAAAUUGGACAGCUGACAUGCUUUUAUAUCAUGUUUUGUAUUAUAAGAUAGUGCUAUAACUUGCCACAGAGGCUAGUGCUAAGAAUUGUUUUAACACUUUCAUAUAAAGUAUGUAAAUAUAUUCAAAGGAUUUGUGCCAGACUAUAAUAAUGCCAGUGUGUUAUAGACUUUAAACUUACUGUUGUAUAGUAAAUGACCUCUAUUGAUUUUGUGGAAAAGGUCAAGACAAGUCACAGUGUUACAUUAAUUAUUUAUGAGUGACGUGUUGUAGAUUUCCAUCACUUUGUAUGCACUUUGGACAUGGCCAUGAGAUAACCCCUAGUAUUUUGUGGAGUCACAAAGCACAAGUUUAUACCAGUUAUAUUUAAAUGGCUUGAUAAAGAGUUCACCAACUUUGUAUGCACAUUGGACAUGGUCAUUAGAUAACCCCUAGUAUUUCUUCUUUUUUUUUUUGGGGGGGGGGGUCAUGAAGCACGAGUUUAUAGUGUCCUAUACUAGAAGUAGAAAACGUUUUUUGCCAGUUAUAUUUUAAUGGCUUGAUAAAGAGUUUGCCAACUUUGUAUGCACAUUGGACAUGAUCAUUAAAUAACCCCUAGUAUUUUUUUAUUUUUUUUUUAUUUUUAUUUUUUUUUGGGGGGGGGGGGUCAUGAAGCACGAGUUUAUAGUGUCCUAUACUAGAAGUAGAAAACGUUUUUUACCAGUUAUAUUUUAAUGGCUUGGUAAGAGUUCACCAACUUUGUAUGCAAUUUCAUGAUUGGAGAUGGUCAUUAGAUGGUUAUGGUUAUUACAUAACCCCUAGUAUUUGUUGUGCCCAUUUCUAGAAAAAGGGUUUUGAUCAGUAACCUUUAUAUGGCUUCUUGCAGAGUCCUCAAGCUUUGAAUGUACAUUGGUCAUAGUCAGUAUAUGAAUUUAGGGUCAGUAGGUCAACCUUAUCUAGAAAACAUUUGAUUUGAUGGUCUUGAAACUUGGUAUCAUUCCAGGUCAUUAUCAUUAGAUAACUCUUUAAUGGGAUCAUUGGUAGUGUUUUUGUUCAAACUAUGAUUUGCACUUAAAAAGUCUUAGACACUUGAUCAUAUUACCUCAAACUUGGUAGAACUACCUAUCAUGUCACAAAAAUGACCGCUAUUGGUUUUGAUGACAAAGUACAAGGUUAUACAAUGCAGUACAAUAAUUAUUAUUGGGCAUUUUGUUGAAAAGUUAUCUCCCUUAUAUUUUGAUAUUUUCAAAAGCAAAAUUUAAACUAGAAAGCUAUUCGAAGUAUUCAAUUAAAACUAUAAGCAAAUAUAGAUGGUUCUCUUGACACUGUGUAUUGUGAAAUGUUACCUCCCCUUGUUUGAUAAUUUUUGUUUAUUUCUAAUGAUUUCACUCUUCUUCAAAUGUGCUCCCAUUAAGGUCAAGUCAAGUACACUUCAUUGAAUCUCUCAGGCAAUUUCAUGUGACAACAUGAGCAAUGCAUAAGUAUACAUAUAUACAGUACACUACAAAUGAAUUUAUGUGAUAAGGCAAAAAAAAAAGAAUGAUAAAAGAGUAUAAAUAACAAAUACAUGUACACUACAGUACAGCUGAAGGGAAAAUGUAUUUCUUUUACAACAUGUGUAAAUGACCAAAACAUCAAUUUGCAUAUGUAUUGGGCAAAGCAGUUUGAGAACAUCAGUUUUGAAAUGUGUCACUUCUAUAACAAAACAAUCAUUUUUUCCUGAUAUUGUUUUUGUUUUGUAAUAAAACUGCAUGUACUCAUAUUCUUGGUACGAAAUGUUAA